CGCCAUCUGAAUUGAGGCCGCAUGCGCAGCUGUAAGGCACCCAGCUGGGAUUCGGAACGCUGUGCCCCCAGCCCCAUGCUCCUUUUCAGUCUACUUCUGUGUGCGGCUCCACUUGGCCUGCUGGGGGAGGAGACCCGCCAGGUAUCUCUGGAGGUCAUCCCUGAUUUGCUGGGGCCCCCCGAGAACCUGCUUCAUAUCCGGGCAGUGGGCAGCAACUCCACACUGCACUAUGUGUGGAGCAGCCUGGGACCUCCAGCAGCGCUACUGGUGGCCACCAACACCCCCCACAGUGUACUACACGUCAACUGGAGUCGCCUGCUCUCUUCUGAGCCCACUGGUGGUCUGAUGGUAUUCCCCGAGGACAGCAUCCAGUUUUCUUCUGCCCUUGUCUUUACCAGGCUGUUUGAGUUUGACAGCACAGAUGCAGCAGCAAAGCCUCCAGGGAAACCAUAUCCCCCAUACUCCUUGAGUAAGUUCUCCUGGAACAACAUCACCGACUCAUUGGAUCUUGUUACCCUGACUGCCACCUUUCAAGGCCAUCCCACAGAUGACCCCACUGGGGCUUUUGCCAAUGGCAGCCUAAUCUUCAAGGUGCAGGCCUUCUCCAAAUCUGGCCGACCUGACCAGCCCCCACGCCUCCUGCACACGGCGGAUACCUGCCAACUUGAGGUGGCCCUGACUGGGGCCUCUCCCCGAGGAAACCACUCCCUGUUUGCACUGGAGGUAGCCACCUUGGGCCAGGGCCCUGAUUGCCCCUCCAUGCAGGAGCAGCACUCCAUCGAUGAUGAAUAUGCACCUGCUGUCUUUCAGCUGAACCAGCUGUUAUGGAGUUCCCUCCUGUCAGGCUUUGUGCAGUGGCGACCAGUAGCUUUCUCCCAGAAGCAGGGGGGCCGAGAAUCAGCCAUGCCCUGUCAAGCUUCCCCUCUUUCCACCACGGCAUACCAUCUUCCCCAGUCACCUGUUGUUCGCGCCUUCUUUGGGUCCCGGUCCAUCUUCUGUGCCUUCAAUCUGACGUUUGGGGCUUCCACAGGCCCUGGCUACUGGGACCAAAACUACCUCAGCUGGUCGAUGCUUCUGGGUGUGGGCACCCCUCCGGUGGAUACCUUUUCCCCGCUAGUCCUAGGCAUCAUGGCGGUAGCCCUGGGUGCUCCAGGGCUCAUGCUGCUGGCAGGAGGCCUGUUUCUGCUGCUGGGCCCCAAGCGGUACUCAGAAUACCAACCCAUAAACUGAGGGUCACUCUAUAGAGGGAAGGACGUUACUGGACCUACCUUGAUGUGCCUCGAAUCUCUGUAGGUUUGAGGGUUAAUGUUCCCAGACAGCUGUCUCUUCUCCCAUCUUGCUUUUCUGCGGAACCUCAGAAACCAGUCUCAACUUCCUGGGGACCCACAGGUGGGACUUUCUCCUCACUCCAGGGAGGAACUGGAGCCAAGGUUACUGCUAGAGGGAAGGCUGCCCUGUGUUGCCUCUCUGCCCCUUCACCCCCAUUUCCUUUGGAUGGAACACACAUCUCUCUCACCUUUGUAGGAGAUUUUCUGACUGAUUGGUGGCCUGGAAGGCAUGAAAUAGACUUUUUUCCCCCCACAGGGUUCAUCUCUCUGUGAGUGUUGUUGGGCUACUUUGGGGCUGGUUCCAGGGAAUGAGAGCUCUAAGAUGGGCAUGGAGGCAAGUUCCUGUGCAUGCAAGGUCCCAUGCCCUUGCCAUGGGACCAGGCCUAUGUCACGUGGAACAGGGAGGUUCUGGUGAAGUCUGAAACAAGGGACACUUGAGACUGGGGGCAAACACAAAGAGCCAAGGAGCUCUGUGCAAUCAUUUAUUGUUGCACGUACACAUACAUUCACCCAGGAUAAACAACAACCACUAUGCCCUCCAGCCACUCCCAACCACAUGUGUGGGCACACACAGACAACCCCCUCCAACCUCUCUUGGGACACCAGUUCCCUUAUCCACAUCCCUUCCCUUAGGAGAGGUGUGACUUCUAGGCAGUUUAGAGGUGGAAAGUUACUGAGGCCUAAGUCAGUUGUAAGGAAGACAGCAGCUACACUGCCUCUGCUGAGGCUAAACAGCCUGUGAGGGCUUGUGAUAAGGGUCUUCAACCUUCCCCUCCAUACCUCCCACCCUCCGUUUUCAGCCAAGUCCUAUUUUGAUCUGAUCCAGCUUUUAUCCUUAGGCGUACACAGUAUUUCCAGUCUCCUUGAGGCCUUCAGCUUAGAAAAAUGGCCCGGAAUGUUGGCUGUUGCUUGGCCCGUUCCCUCUCAGGAGGCUGGAGCAGCGGCCAGCAGUGGUAGGCCCUAGUGGCAGGGUGGGAGGCAACUCAGGAAGGAAGCAUGCUGCUCGUUGUGCUGGCCCCUCGCCCUCAGCAUCCUUAAGGGACAUGGCUGUCCACCUCUUGCCCUGCAAGAAAGAUAACAGUCUGUUUCUGCCCUGCCAGGUCAAUAGUGGGAUUCAUCCCAGAGACACCAGGGCUGGGCGCCAGAGGACGGAGCUGCUCAGCCCCAGGGGCGGGGCCUGUAGUCUGAGGCUGCGCGGGCGUGGUCAGGGUAGUCCAGGCGGCUCUCUGCAGUAAGCAUGCGCUCGGGCUCCACCACGAACAUGUAGUAGAGGUUCCACAUCAGCAUGGCCAUCAGGGGCAGGAAGGUGAGGCCGUAACCAAAGCCUCGGAAGGAGCGGCCCACGGCGAAGGUGAGCCAGUAUAUCAGCCUGUGGGGGCAAGAGAAGGCUCAGGCUACCCUCGAAGGAAGUGCAUCAGAUAAGUGGCAGUGGGCUGAUGGUAGGGAGAAUAGAUAGGGAGACAUGUGAACACUAAUGUUAUAAAACCGGCCAAUGCUGUGUAUUUAUGAGAGGGUGGUCCCCAGGGAAAGGGGAGGUCCUCACCCUGCGCUGUAACAUAUUUACUAUAUGCUAGGCAUGAUGCUAAUUACUUUAGAGAACUACAGCUCUACCCCCUUCCCACCUCCGACCCUUACCCAAAUAGGGUAUUGAGUAUGAUUUGGUGGGUUAUUUUAGGGAUCUAGGAAUGCUAUUACCAUUAAUUUAUACCGAGCCAGCAUUCCCAGACCCCUAAAACAAUCUAUCAAAUCAUACCCAACAGGAACGCUGAAUGCUGUCUUUUCAGAUAAAAGGUGAAAGCUGUAUUUAAUUUAGACUUAACUACAUCUCUAUGAGGUGAGUCUGUUAUUCCCCUCUCUUUUAUUAUCAAUUUUUUAUAUUAAGAAGUAUUCCCCUUUUGCAUAGAAAAAAAGGAAAAGAAAGCACCUGCAUUGACACAAGUGGGCAGAGAUCUGCUGCUUAUCAAAUUUUAAUUAAAGUGUUUUGAGUAGGCAAUAUACCAUCUUGUGGCUCAGAAUCCAAAGGUACCAAUGACAAGAGUAAAAUAUUACUAAUUCCCACUUACCCUAUUUUCUCCCUCACCCCUACCUCUACUCCAUUCCUAUCCCAGGCAGCCAGUAUUGAGGUUUCUUGUACAUCAAAUGAUGUUUUAGCCAUAUACAGCAAAUAAAUUUAUAUUUCCCCUCUUUUUGUAGUAGCAUAUAUAGACUGGUCUGCAUGUUGGUUUUUUUAUUUUCCUAUUUAAUAAUUCUAGGAAAUUCUUGCAUAUCAGUAUAUAAACAGCUUCCUCAUUCUUUUACAGCUGCAGUACAUCCCAUUGUAUUUAUUUCCCCUUUUGCAUAUGAAGAAACUAAGAUUACAAAGGGGUGAAAUAAAACAUGUCCAAGGUCAUUCAUCUGAGAAAUAGUAAAACUAUGAUUUGACCCCACGCCUGUUCAUCACCCUCUGUCUCGACAUUUUAAAGGGAAAGAGGAGAGAAGAGAGAAAGGAAACUAACCUCAAGAGGGCUUUAUGCCCAGAGGAAUGACUUUAUGCCCAAAUUUCCCCUCUUGGAAGAAUGACUCAAAAUAAAUACCCCUCCAUGUGUGGGGUUGGGCAGCAGCCUUCUCUCAAAGACUGUUUAUUACAAAACCAGUGUGCCUCUGCUUUUUCAUCUGUGAGAAGGAGGGAAGAGGAACUGCCGCUCUCUACUGCACCAUUAGGCAGCAGGGCAUAGUAAUGAGCUCACAUUUAGCAAACCGUAACAUGUCAGGCUGUUGUAAGCACACUACAUGAAUUAACUCGUUUAAUCCUUACAAUGCCAUUUUAUAGAUGAUGAAACUGGCACAGAAUGUUUAAGUAACUUUCCUAUGGCAGGAAAGAAAGGACUCUGGAUGAGAGAGGGAAGGGCCCUGGAUUCUAAACCUGCCAUUGCUGCUGAUUAUCCUCAGCAGCUUUUCACCUCCAAUCUGUUGUGAUCACCUCUCUGUAAAAUGGGUAAGAUGGACCAGACAGUCACUGAGUCUUCCCUUAGCUCCCUGAUGAUUAUUACUGACUAAGCCAACUUCUAUCUGAGACCAGUAUUCCGGGAGAGAUGGGAGAUUGAGUUACAUGGGCAGGAACUAUUUAUCCUGGGGAACAUCUGGGAGAAAAUACAGGGUUGCAUGGUGGUCAGAAGGCCUGUGGGACAGGUGACUACUAGAUUACAAUCAAAAGUGACAUGAAGAUAGGGCCUCCCCUGGUGGCGCAGCGGUUGAGCGCUGGGUUGCGAGGCUGCCUGCAGCCUCUGCAGUGCCGGUUCAAUCCCUG